AUGAGGCGCGAAGCUGUCAAUAGUUCUGCUACAGGCGGUGGCAGUUUUCCACUGAGAAUGGUGUUCACCAAGGCGUGCAGGUGGGUGCAGACCAAUGCGUUGGCGGUGGACGUUCCGGCGGCUCCCCUCGUUGCUCCGCCUGCCUCUGUGUGCCUGGGCCCUGACCCCCCUGCUCUGGUGGUUGUUCCGGACCCCCUUGCUCCUGUUGGUGCCCCGUGUGUCCCCGCCGUCCCUGCUCUGCCGCUUGCCGCCGUUGCCCCUGCUGCGCCGAUCCCUGCCGGCGCCCCCGCUGCGCCGAACCCUGCCGUUGGUUCGUCGCCGCAGGCGGUGUCAGCCACCACUGGCGGCCCGGGCCCUGGGGAGUCGGGGGGCGCCGUCGCGCCGAUAGUUCAUCGGCUGGUGUCGAUGGCCGAUCUGCAGCGCGUUGUGUCUGUUGCGGUGCGCGAGGAGCGGAACGGGCAGGCGAGCGAGAGCAACUCGCCGCGCGGCGUUCCAGCUCAUGCGUUCCCUCCUCUAGUUGUGGCCCCUCCGUCUGCAAUUCCUCUUCCCCGGUCGGAUGUUCCUCCUCCCCUUGCUCCUGCUACAUCUGCCGCCGCUCCCGGGAAUCGCAUGCGACUGCCGUGGAUUCCUCCUGUGGCGGGUAUUGAGUUCGUGACCGCAGCAGGGGGACCUGUGACGGCGCAAAAUCCGUCCCUCCUGCCUGGGGGUCGUGCUCAUUCGGCUGCUGCGCCACCGGUACAGACGUUGGUGGGGCCCCUUCCUUCAGCAGAGGUGCCGGAGGCUUCACUGGGGCAGCUGCGGCGCCUCCCGGAGGGUCUGCGGGCUGUGCACCUGAUUCAGGUGUAUGGGCACGCAGCUCUUUCCAAUGGUGUUUCUCUGGAUGGCGGCCGUCGGGACGAGUGCCUUGAUGCCGCGGAUCGGCUUGCCGAGCUCCUGGCGCCCGUGUAG